AUGCCUACAAGAUCGACGACAACCGCCUCCUGCGUAAGCUUGGCUUCUACUUCGCCUUCACCAGCGCGAAGUCCUUCUCGUCGAGAUCGGCUUCUGACUGAGAGUCAAGAGACAGAGCUGCUGGAACCCACCCAGAUGGUAUCACAACACACAGAGACGGUAUACGUGCUGCCAGAAAGUUUCCUCCAUCUCUAUCGCAAGCAACAACAAGACGUUGAUGAUCUCCUGCAAGAAUAUCUGCAAAAGGCGCAUGACUUUGGUGAGGUCUUGCUACAUCCCUUGAAGCUGCUGCAAGGAUUCCGUAAUGGUGUCGUCCCCCUUUCAGAUGGCACGCAAGUCUCCCUUUUCGAGACCCGGCCCGACGUCCUCAGGGAGGGCAUGUCAAUGGGCAAGCCAAGCGAGGCAAAGAGACUGUUGUCUUUGAAAGACCUUGGCCUCUUCCGAGGUGAUCCAGACUCGCUGGAAAGCUUCCUGGCGCAAGUCAGACAUUGCCAAGAGCAUUGGCCAAAUGAUGACUCUCGAAGGAAAAUUCUACGCAGUCUGCCCCUGUGUAUGGCAGGACCGGCCUGGCCUUGGUAUCAACGUCUAAGUCAGAGCUUCAAAGAUGAGAAUCUCAAAGAUCUCGCAGGAUGGGAGUAUGAGCUCAGGCGAGAGUUCUCUUCCGAUACACCGGCCGAAGUUGGGCUCUCUUCUGCUGAAGAAUACAAAUGA